CAAUUAAGGCAUCAAAAGAUUGAAAGAUCAACGAGUCAAAUCCCGAGUAUCUAUUCCCCAUAUCGAUAGCAGAUCGUGCUGUGUAGCACCGGACCAUCCGCAGCCAUGCACGAGCUUCAAUCCAAGUAAUCCCCUCUGCAGAUCCUUCACAGAAUGCAGCUACCCUGCUAGCCAGUCAACCAAGGUCCCUCCCCAAUCUUACCUAGGCCUAUCGUAGCAAGGGGUAAUCUCUCUGGUUGACAUCCACCACCGCCAACAUCCACUAGCUCUUAGCCACCAACUAGAAACUAGCUACACCACGAUGAAAACCGCCCUAGUCACCCUCUACUCCUGCCUCGGGUUGGGUGUGCCCGCCCUGGCUGCCCUCAUGGAAAUCAUGCUGAGCAAUUCCACCUCGUGCCAGAUCCGUGGUGGGGAUGACAUUGCGAAUCUUGCCUGUCGGAAUACGUGUAUUGAACAGGGUGGUGGGUGGACUGGAGGGUUCUGUGAUGAUCAGCAGAUCUGUCAUUGUACGUUUGAUAUAUCUACUACGAAGUAGAUGAAUGCAGAAGGCAAAGUUAUGGAUGCGAGUAAGCAGGUGGAAGGAUCAUGUCAUGUCUGUCAUAAGUUUAUGUUCAAUUAUCCAAUACUGUCAUUGUCCCAAUGUGACCAAUUAAACACCGUCAUUGAAUCGGUAAA